UAGCGAGUCACCCUCUCACUGCGGUCCCACCUUGCUGGCUAGGGUUCGAUAAUCGACAAUUGUGAAGCACACCGUUUUGUUCGUCCAUUUUUUCCUCCCUUCCUCUCUUCCUGCGCCGACAACUACUCUCGCUCGUAAUGGCACCACCACCGGGACCUUAUUCUGGUACCAGCACCCUCGCUUUGGUCGCUCGAGCUUCCGCUUUCUCCUUUGGCCUUGUUUAUGGAACCAUUAAGCUCAAGUACCUCAAGGCAAAAGCCAAAUCUCAUCAAAAAGCUCAGGAGAAGGCUCAUCAUUGAAAGCAAUGAGAGAUCCCCGGUGUUAUUAUCUGUCCAUUGAUGGAGUAGAAUACUGAAAUAAUUCAUUACAAGGAACUGUAUCAUGUUUUCUCCCAUUUUUUUUUUCUUCUCUGGUUUAAGCUUUGGAUAAUCUUGGAGCAUCGAGUUUAGUGCGCUGAAAAUGUUCAAGAUUUUGCCUUGUUUAAAUAAUGAAUACCAUGUCUUCUUUUGAGUUCCAUGUUUAUAUAUCAAAUUGCCUGCUAUGUCUUGGUUGCAA